AUGCUGCCCACAAGUACGACCUCCAGUCGGUAUUCCAUGAGCGUCGCAGGGUAUCCAGCAUUGAAGGGCAGUGUGUCGGAAUCAAGUGGCACGACAGACGUGUACUUCCUGACGGAAUCUCCUUCCGCCGUCUUGGGCAAUGGCCCGCACCACGCCACGACCGCCAUCACGACACUGCACGCCGACGCAAACGCCCGCCUUCUUCAUGCCGACAGUCCGAUGGCGUCUGCACCUGCCGCCGCGUUCAGUCCGCAUCUGUCGUGGCCAUCGCUCCUCCUGCACGACGAACUCAAGCAAUGCAUGGAUGACGGAGUGAUCUUGGCCGAUUUUCACGAAGCCAAGAUUGCAUUCCCGCCCACGUACCGCCGCGUCCUCGGCCGCAUGCUCGACGUUCGCGAGCUGACGUCCUUUGCACACGUGGCGCAGCUGUACACGACUGUGCUGGGCGACGGCAAAGUCCGCGUGCCGUCGUACACCGACCGCAUCUUGUACCAUUCGCUGCCUGCCGUCCGGAACCGCAUCACGUGCGCCCAGUACACGAGUGCCGAGUAUAUCGAGACGUCGGACCAUAAACCCGUGUCGUGUGUGUUUACGGUGGACAAGUCGUCGGCGACACUGUCGCCGCACUCGAUGCCGCGCGGGGUCGUGGAAGGGCGGAAGGUCCUGUACAGCGUGCAAUUGACCCAGUUGAGUGUACGAUGGGGUCCAGCGCUCGAAGAUUUCGAGGCGUCGGAAAGCGAAUGCGACAUGGCAGCACCGUCCAAGGGCGAUGCGUCCCACGACUCGUUCUCGAGCGAGCUGUCGCAGGCAACGACCAUGUCCGGGACUGUCAAGCCCGGCAUGGUGUUUGAAGGGCUGCGCGUCCGGAGUGUGUUUCCUCUCCCGUGCGAAGACCCGUACGCGGAAGAGCGCAACUUGAUGGAAGUCGCAGACAACUUGUUGUUCACGUCUGGCAAGAGCACGGCGCUCAAACCGACGUGGAAACUCAACGCGUGGUCGACAUUGGCGCGGCAUGGCCUGCGCCACUCGAUUGCCCUGCCCCCUCGACGGCCCCUCCACAUGGCGCUCAACUUCAUUGUCCCGUCCGGAACGACUGCUGGCCAGGGCGUCAUCAGCUUGACCGAAGCGAUCCACCGUGCCGGCCGCAAAGUCGACUUUGUCGCGACGCUCACGGUCGGCGGGCGACGCACGGGCGAAGUCACGGGCAAACUUUGUGUGAAAAUGGACAGAGCCGACAAGGGCCUUUAA